UAUGAAUUGAAAACAGCAUUAUUUGUAAUUAUCUACUUACCUAAUUACCUACAUAAAUAAUAACGGCUUAAACAACAUAUAAUUUAUAGUUUACAAAUUCCUUACUUUGUAGUUAUAAAAUUAGUAACGAUGCUCUCCAGAGUCUGUUUUAGAUAAGUAGGCCUUUUCACAGUACUUACUAUCAAUUCGCAGUCGAAAACUUUAUCAUAAUGAGUAACCUUAGUAAACAAGAGGACUUAACAGCAGAAGGAAAUUUAUUGGAACAACCAAAAGAGGUGACACUCUCAGUACGGAAUCCUCUAAUAAAGAUGCGUACAUAUGUACUUGCACUUCGGCCUUGGUCGCUAAGUGCUAGUUUAUUACCGACACUAUUAGGCGCCGCGCUGGCAUAUCGGCUACCUGGAGAAACUGGCUUCAGCUGGCUCACCUUAAUACUUACGUUAUGUACGGUUAUACCAGUCCACGGCGCUGGGAAUGUCGUCAACACCUACUUCGACUUUGUCAAAGGAAUAGACAACCGGAAAUCAGAUGACAGGACUCUAGUUGAUCAUAUUCUAAGUAUUGAUGAAAUUGUUUCACUUGGGGCAAUAUUAUAUUUCGCAGGCUGUACGUUUUUUGUACCACUGGUGGUCUCUUCACCAGCGCGAAUGGAGCAUCUGGCAUUGGUGUACUUUGGAGGUUUAUCAUCAUCAUUUUUGUAUACCGGUGGUAUUGGGCUGAAGUAUAUUGCCCUUGGAGACAUACUAGUCUUAGUCAUAUUUGGUCCAGUAUCAGUUGUAUUCUCAUUUCUGGCUCAAACAGGCAGAGUAGAUUGGCCUAUUAUAUAUUAUGCUGUGCCACUUGCUUUAAAUACAGAGGCUAUUCUGCACAGUAACAAUACAAGAGAUCUGGAGACUGACAGCAAAGCUGAAAUAGUGACAUUGGCUAUAUUAAUCGGAAGAACAGCUUCAUAUCUGCUUUAUGCAUUUUUGUUAUUCACUCCAUACAUAAUGUUUGUAGUUGCAUCAGUGAAAUGUUCAUUUUGGUUUUUGCUACCUAUUCUUACCUUACACAGAGCAUUUGAUAUUGAAAGAAGGUUCAGGAGUCCUGACACAAUGAGAUGUGUACCCCGACAAACUGCCAGGCUUAAUUUCUACUUUGGUAUGCUGUACAUGAUAUCCUGUCUAUUUGCUUAUAGACUUCCUUUUCUAUUGAGAUAGGAAAUAUAAAAAUAUAGGUUAAUUUGAUCAAAUUUAAACUUUAUAUCACCCAAUAUCACAUUGUUAAUAAUUAUUGAAAUGUGCUGAGCUAAUAUUUGAAAUAAAUAUUAUCAUUGUCUUAUAUAAACAUAAAAUAUAGUUUUUAUCUGAUCUUAGACAUAUCAAUCAUCUGACCUUACUAUCUUUAAAAUUUGAAUGAAUUAAUAUUGAUUUGAAUGUCUAACACUGUGCUUUUGAAGUCAUGACAAAACAGAUCUGAUAAGUGAACAUUACCAUACAAAAAGUAUUGUGAACUGAAUUGUGUCUCAUCUAAUGUGUUCUGAGGAACAUAAUAUUGUUAUUGCUUAUGAAUAAUAUCUACCUCUUACUUUAAGGCCUGUGGUUGUAGUAAUAAAUACUUUUACUAAAUUUUAUUAUUUCUUUGUAACAAAUAGAUUCAUUAUUUUUGCAUGGAUUUGUCAAAGAUCAAGAAGGAUAAUGUACACAGAGAAAGAUAUUAUGAAUAUACCAAUGUUCUGUCCACAAUUUUAUUAUGUCAUUAUUAAUUGUUGUAUCUAAAUGUAUAUUUAAAUUUGUAAUUUUUGAUGUUUAUAAUUUAUUGAAUUUCAUAAAAAUUGUGUGAUGACAAUAAUUUAAAAUAAUUGUGUAUGAUACUUAAAUAUAUUGCUAGUUCGCUAAAACAAGUAUUUUAUUGUUUCAAAUAAAAUUGAAUAAACUAAAGAAUUUUACAAUACACUUAGCAAGUAAAUACACUUAUUAGUGCUUCUAUGAGUUAGUAGAUCCUAUUAUAAGUUUAAUAUGAAACUCACCGCUAAACCACAUUCUGUCAUCUAGGGAUUAAUUAUGGUAUUGUUGGGAGUAAGCAUACACAUUACAGACAGAUGGUCAGGCAAAACUAUAUUUAUUUUACUGCAAUCUUAGCUCUAGCCUUAUGCAAUACGACCUUGACUUGGUUUGUAGCAAUAAGUAAUAAUAAAGAUUUUAAUUAUUAUAUUUUAUUGACAUAUUAACAUAAAGAGCUCUAGCAUUAUACUUUUCGUACUAUUAAGUUAAAUACAAGUCAAAUUAUUACAAUACAAUGAGACCAUAUAAUUUUUAUUGAAAUGUGACUUAUUAUCUGCUUUCAACGGUAUGUUGAUUACUUGGCAGUGAUUGAAGAAAAUUUAUUAAAUGAUACUCAUAUAUUUGCCAACACUACUAUACAAUAUAUUAUAAGUAAUAUAGAUACUAUAUCCAAGUGAAAAUUCAUUUUGGAAGGUGAGAUACUUUGACAACUAAAAUAAAGGAACAAAUCACAUUAAUAUUUAAUAGAGUUAAUAAUAAUGUCAGCUAACAUAACUAAACAUAAUAUCACUAUAAUGAAUAGUAAUUUAAUAUAUAAAAUAUAAUAAAUUCAUUUCUACUCUUUUAUUUAUCAAAAAAAAAAUAGUCUUCAACUUUCCAUAUCUAUGUGUUUAUAGUAUUUAUUUUAAAGUAUACCAUUAGUUACACUAAUGCUGGACUAAUUAAUCUAACAUAGAAAUGACUUGCAUGCAAUAUUUGUAAUUGGUUUAAUAUAAAAUGCAAGAAUACACCGCAUCACAAUAACAUAUUUUAUAUAGUAAGUUUAAUUUCACUUAUUUCAAUGUUAUUUGGGGUCCAAU